GGGAACGCGAAGCAGAAACGGAUCAGGCAGCAGGUCGGUCGGUCGGUGAGCGGAGAGACGGAACACUGAAAGUACCGGGGUUGGCGCGGCAGUCCUGAGCGUUUCGGUUUCCGUGGCGGUUGCUUCUCCUGUGGACUAACGUUACGGGAAGUUGUAUUCAACAGCUCAGCCGGACGUAGAGGGUCAGAAAAGCUGUCCACCAUGUCGGGGAGCCGGGAGGAGGAGAGGAGGAAACUGGCCGACAUCAUCAACCACUGGAACGCCAACCGGCUCGACCUGUUCGAGAUCAGCCGGCCCACAGAGGACUUGGAAUUCCACGGCGUGAUGCGGUUCUACUUUCAGGACCGCGUUGCCGGCAACUUUGCCACCAAGUGCAUCAGAGUGUCCAGCACAGCGACAACGCAGGACGUCAUCGAGACUCUAGCCGAGAAGUUCAGACCCGACAUGAGGAUGCUGUCCUCGCCAAAAUACUCCCUGUAUGAGGUCCACGUCAGUGGUGAAGAGCGUCAGCUGGACCUGGACGAGAAGCCGCUAGUUGUUCAGCUGAACUGGAACAAAGACGACAGAGAAGGGCGAUUCGUCCUGAAGAACGAGAACGACAUCCUUCUUAAGAAGAGUCAGAGUAAUGGUCCGGAGAAGGAGAAGGAUGGCGUGAUCCAGAACUUCAAGAGGACUUUAUCCAAGAAGGAGAAGAAGAAGGAAAAGAAGAGGGAGAAGGAGUUUCCCCGAAUCCCUGAUGGAGACGAGCAGGCGCUCCCCCGGGAGGAUGGGGAAAACAGUCGUCUGGCGGCAGAGGUUUACAAGGACAUGCCGGAGACCAGCUUCACCAGGACAAUCUCCAACCCAGAGGUGGUAAUGAAGAGGAGGCGCCAGCAGAAACUGGAGAAACGCAUGCAGGAGUUCAUGAGCAGCGAUGGGAGGCCCGACUCAGGAGGCACUUUGCGGAUAUACGCCGACAGUCUGAAGCCCAACAUCCCAUAUAAGACCAUCCUGCUCUCCACGAGAGACGCGGCUGACUUUGCCGUGGUGGAGGCGCUGGAGAAGUACGGGCUGGAGAAGGAGAACCCCGGAGACUACUGCAUCGCCUGGCAAGAUGAUAAGUCGGGCAAGGAGGUGAUUCUGGACGAUUCUGAGUGUCCACUGCAGAUCUUCAGGGACUGGCCUGCUGACAGAGGAGCGCUGGUGUUCCAGCUGAAGAAGAGACCACCCGACUACCAAGGAAGGAAGGGAAGGAAAGUGGACGACAAAGGCCUACGAGGGAAGGACGGCAGCAGCAGCUCACUGCCGCCAGAGAAACUGCCUUACUUGGUGGAGCUGAGCCCAGACGGGUCCGACUCCCGGGACAAACCAAAGCUGUACCGGCUUCAGCACAGCAUCACUGAGGUCGGCUCGGACUGCACAGAGGACGGAGCCAUCCAGCUGCUCGGCCCGGGGAUCCUGCCCCACCACUGCAACCUCAUGCACAGUGAGGGCAUGGUGACCGUGACGCCUCACGGCCCCGACGCAGACACCUUUGUCGACGGGCAACGAGUCAACGAGACCACGGUGCUGCGUUCGGGCUCCACCCUCCAGUUUGGUUCCGUGCACGUCUUUAAGUUUGUGGACCCCAUGUUCGACCAGGGAGGGAAGAGAGAGCCAGCUGCCAUGAUGAGGAGCCGACACAAGUCUGGCAGUGUGCCAGAAACCACCUUCGACCUUCACGGAGACGUCCACAGUGGAGCUGCACUACCCACCAGCAAGAGCUCAGGGAAGCUGGAGAUGGAGCGCGGCAUGGUCAAACCCAUGAUCAGAGGAGAGCAGCAGGACAGCAGGUCUCAGGACAUUUCAGUAGACAGAACCGAGCUGACUCUGCCAGCCGGCAUUGAGUUCAGAGACAACUCUGAAGACACCUUCCUGUCUGCCAUCAUCAACUACACCAACAGCUCCACAGUCCACUUCAAACUCUCGCCCACCUACGUCCUGUACAUGGCCUGCCGCUACGUCCUGUCGCCUUCUUACAGGCCCGACAUGUCGCCGUCCGAGAGGACGCACAAGGUCAUUGCCAUCGUCAACAAGAUGGUGAGCAUGAUGGAGGGAGUCAUCCAGGAGAUUCCUGAAGGGGAUCAGAAGCAAAAGAACAUUGCCGGAGCGCUCGCUUUCUGGAUGGCCAACGCUUCAGAGCUGCUCAACUUCAUCAAGCAGGACCGGGACCUGAGUCGCGUCACGCUGGACGCCCAGGACGUCCUCGCCCAUCUGGUCCAGAUGGCGUUUAAGUACUUGGUCCACUGUCUCCAGGCUGAUCUUAACAACUACAUGCCCGCCUUCCUGGACGACCCAGAGGAACAUAAUCCACAGAGACCCAAGAUUGAGGACGUCCUGCACACACUGACGGGGGCGAUGUCGUUGCUGCGGCGGUGUCGGGUCAACGCCGCCCUGACCAUCCAGCUCUUCUCGCAGCUCUUCCACUUCAUCAAUAUGUGGCUCUUCAACAAGCUGGUGACGGACACGGACUCGGGGCUGUGCUGUCACUACUGGGGGGCAAUCCUCCGGCAGCAGCUCAGCCACAUCGAGGCCUGGGCAGAGAAACAGGGUCUGGAGCUCGCCGCCGACUGCCACCUCAGUCGAAUCGUUCAGGCCACCACCCUGCUGACCAUGGACAAGUACUCCAUGCAGGACGUGCAAAACAUCCACAACACCUGCUUUAAGCUCAACUCGCUGCAGCUCCACGCUCUCAUGACCAACUACCAUUGUGCUCCGGACGAGCCUUACAUCCCGCCUGAGCUGAUAGACCACGUGGUGGCAGUAGCAGAGAACACAGCAGAUGAGCUUGCGAGGAGUGAUGGGAGAGAGGUUCAGCUGGAGGAGGAUCCGGACCUCCAGCUGCCCUUCCUCCUUCCUGAGGACGGCUACUCCUGCGACGUGGUGCGCAGCCUCCCCAACGGCUUGCAGGACUUCCUGGAGCCGCUGCUGCAGAGAGGUUUCUGUAGGUUAGUGCCCCACCCCCGAUCGCCGGGUACCUGGACCGUCCACUUUGAAGGAGCUGACUGCGACAGCCACUUCUCUGCUGCUGACAGUUCUGAGAUGCAAAUGAAGAAAGACCCAGAGGUUGUCACGGUGACCCUGAAGAAGCACAACGGCAUGGGCCUGAGCAUCGUUGCUGCGAAGGGUGCUGGUCAGGAGAAGCUGGGCAUCUACAUCAAGUCCGUUGUCAAAGGAGGAGCGGCUGAUGUGGACGGCCGUUUGGCUGCAGGUGACCAGCUGUUGAGCGUGGAUGGACGCAGCCUGGUUGGCCUAUCGCAAGAGAGGGCAGCAGAGCUGAUGACGAGGACGGGCUCAGUUGUGACUCUGGAGGUCGCCAAGCAGGGAGCCAUUUACCACGGACUGGCUACUCUCCUCAACCAGCCCAGCCCCUUGUUGCCAAGAGCAUCAGACCGAGGCCGUGACAAGAACGGGAAACUGCGACCGAAGAGCGAAGGCUUUGAGUUGUACAACAACUCGGUGCAGAACGGCUCACCAGAGAGUCCGCAGGCUGGCUGGGAUUCUUACCCCGAACCAAAGAAGAUGAGCGGAGAAGACCGACUUCUCAAGAACCGAGCCGACCACCGCUCCAGCCCCAACGUCGCCAAUCAGGGCCAGAGUCCUGCAGGAAAAGCAGUAUACCCCGGAGGACCUGGCACUAAGAUCACCUCCGUCUCCACCGGCAACCUGUGUGCAGAUGAUGAGCCCUCCCCUCCCCGUCAAGAGGCCUACCCCAUCCCCACCCAGACCUAUCCCAGGGAGUACUUCACCAUCCCAGUCUCCAAGAGCCAGGAUCGGGUUGUGGUUCCAGGCCAGGGGCCCUCACAGCACUGGCAGGACAUGGAGGACAGAGAACGCCUCCCUCUGGUCAACAACAUUCACAACAGCAGCAUGCAGCGCAUAAACCAAUCCCAGGAGGAGUUGUACCCUCCACCAGGAGGUCUGAGGCCAGACGAGCGCAUGCAGCAGCACUACCAGCAGGACUACCAGCACCGGGACAUGGACUACCAACACAGAGAUCUCGACUACCAGAGAGGUCCACCAGGAGGUGUUGGAGGUCCUGACCACUGGACCCCACAGCCGCAGGUGUCCUCCUCGUUGGAGUCAUCCACGUCGAGCCAGGAGCACCUCAACUUUUCAGCCUCCUCCUCCUCCUCCAACAAGGCCCUGAACCAGAAGACCGGGCCGGGCCGAUGGAAGACGCCCAACGCUCCGCACGCCGCGCCGCCGCAUUCGGCCCAGACCCCAUCCCGCUCAGACCUGCCCCCUCCUCCGCCCCCACCACCGGCCCCUUACCCGGACGCCUUCGAGCCCUAUGAACCCCAACACGAGUUACCGCUUCCGCCGCCUCCCGCUGCCAUUAAUCCCGUAACAGCCCAGCAGGCUGCGGACCGCAAGAAACGCGAGGAGCAGCAGCGCUGGUAUGAGAAGGAGAAAGCUCGACUAGAGGAAGAGAGGGAGAGGAAGAGGAGAGAGCAAGAGAGGAAGCUGGGUCAGAUUCGGGCAAACCCCGUCAUGCCCGUCCAACCUCACAACAACGGAGGAUCAAUGCCUCCUCCCCACCACCAGCCCCCUCUGCCCUCUGUGGCCCCGCCCCAGCCCUACAUCCCCCCACAGCCUCAGCCCCAGCCAUCCAGACCAGAGAAGCUGUCCAGCCUGCCGCGAUCAGCUGUUCCUCCCCCUGCUAGUGUCUCCAACCCUGGCAUGGACACGGUGAUCAGGGAGCUGUUACCGCAGCAGCAGCCACGGACCAUCGAGAGGCGAGACUUGCAGUACAUCACCAUCAGCAAGGAGGAGCUAACGUCCAGCGACAGUCUGUCUCCAGACCCCUGGAAACGAGACGCCCGCGAGAAGGCCGAGAAGCAGCAGCAGCUUCACAUCGUCGACCUUCUGGACAAAGAGAUCCAGGAGCUCCAGUCGAAGCCGGAGCGAACGGCAGAGGAAAGCGACCGUUUGAGGAAGCUGAUGCUGGAGUGGCAGUUCCAGAAACGACUGCAGGAGUCCAAGCAUAGCGAUGAGGAUGAGGAGGAGGAGGACGAUGAGGACGUGGACACCAUGAUGAUCAUGCAGAGGCUGGAAGCUGAAAAGAGAGCCAGGUUGCAGGACGAAGAGCGACGGCGUAAGCAGCAGCUGGAGGAGAUUCGUAAGCGGGAGGCAGAGGAGCGAGCAAAGCAGGAGGAGGAGAGGAGGUGGAGGGAGGAGGCCAAACGAGAGGGCGGCGAGAAGAGGAGACAGGAGGAGGACUACUACACUCGCCUGGAGGCCGAGCGGCGGCGGCAGCACGACGAGGCCGAGAGAAAGCUGCUGACGCCUGACGAGCCGGCCGGUCUGUAUCGGCCCCCGCUGCCCCUGGAUUACCAACCCCCCGCCCCCCACAACCCUACUAACACCCCCCCGCCCCCACCACAGAGAAACACCUCCUACCUCAAAACCCAGAUCGCCUCCCCUGACACGCUCUACACCGCCAAGUUUGUCUCCUACGCGGGCGAUGAGGAGGAGGAGGACGAGGAGGAAGCCACCAAAGCAGGGAGUGGAGGCGGCGGCAGUCAAUCAGGUCAGGUGAAGCUGUCGGCGACCAGGAAGUCGUACGGCGACCUCCCGGCCUCCGCCUCAACCAAUCACAGCAGGCCUCAGCCGCCGCCCACUGCGCGCAAGCCCCGCCCUCUUUCUGACGGCAUCUUCCUGUCUGGCUCGUUCCAGCCGCCAUACAACAACUCCAACAGUACAGGUCCCCCCCUUCCUGCCAAACCCAGCUCCGUGCCCCCAGGAGGCUUUAAAGGAUUUAACUCGUACACUGGAAACUCGGCAGGAGUUGUAGGAUCAGGAGAAGUCUACAACGACCCGCGAGACAAAUGGCCGAAAAGUCAGGAGCAGGAGAACUCGAUCCCCAGCGGCGCUCCCGAGAGUAUGACCUUCAAGGAGCGCCAGCGUCUCUUCUCUCAGGGGAAGGAGGUUUCCAACAAGGUCAAGGCUUCACGCAAACUCAUGGAGCUGGAGAACGAGCUCAACACCAAGUAGUCUCCCGAGCCUCUCCCUCCACCACGACCUCUCCGCGGUCACAUUACAGGGCGGGCGGGACGCGACCAUCUCCUCCUGUUUGUGUUGCCCCCCCCCCUUUUUAUUUUUCAAUAACUGGACCAUUCACUUUUUUCGACGUAGCUACAUCGUUGCAAUAGGAGAGACAUUCAUGGCUUAAAUAGUUUUCUUCCCCUUUGUUGAGGUCUGUUGGAGAUAUAUAAUGAUAAAGCACUGUAAAAAAAAGUUUUAAUUGUAUGUAGUGAGAAUUUGAGAAUCACACGACAAAGGGUGAUAUAUUUUUGUUUAUAAAAUGGUUCUUGGGGCGAGGGGCUGGAGAAAGGUCUAUUCUCAUUUUAAUUCCUUUUUUUAAUAGCUCACUGAAAUAUGAACAAUUUUAUGGUGGUAUUAUCUUCAUUCUCAUUUUCUGCAUCAUGUUGUUUUCACACUUAAUUGCCAGCAGAAAUGCCGGGUUAAGCUCCAGACCAAUCUGUAUUUGCUUCUUUUUUUAAUUUUCUUUUAAUUUAAAUUAAAUUCUUAGUAAGUGGAAACACUGUUAAUUCAUUCCGUAUCAAGAAAGCAUUGGGAUUUUUUUAGUUGUUUAUUUCUUCUGUGAUGUUUUAGAUAAACUCUGAAAGAUUCUCCAGAGGAGGAUCAUACAGUGCGGAGAAAGAUCUCUAAGUGCACAACAUUACUGUAAAUAUUUGGGUCCACAACUGUCUCACUCUUUUACUACUGUAGGAACCUGCAACACUAAUGUGAUUGAACAGCAUUU